GCUCCGCCGCCAACCAUCCCCGCGGCCUCCGGCGGCGCGUGCUCAGCCCGGGGGCGCGGGAGCCGCAGCUGGAGCCAGAGGCGGGAGCAGCGAGCGGGAGCCCCGGGCGCCCAAACGCAGGGUGCUCAUGGUCCCUGGGUUGCCAUAUAUGAGGCUUGGCUCCAAGGAGGAUGCCUCGGCUACCAGCCAGCUCCUGUCGGCACCAUGAGUGAUGAGCGACGGUUGCCUGGCAGUGCAGUGGGCUGGCUGGCAUGCGGUGGCCUCUCUCUACUGGCCAAUGCCUGGGGCAUCCUCAGUGUGGGUGCCAAGCAGAAGAAGUGGAAGCCACUGGAGUUCCUGCUAUGCACGCUGGCAGCCACUCACAUGCUCAACGUGGCGGUGCCCAUCACCACCUAUGCUGUGGUGCAGCUGCGGCGCCAGCGGCCUGACUACGAGUGGAACGAGGGUCUCUGCAAAGUGUUUGUGUCCACCUUCUACACCCUCACCCUGGCCACCUGCUUUUCCGUCACCUCCCUGUCCUAUCAUCGGAUGUGGAUGGUCCGCUGGCCUGUCAACUACCGGCUGAGCAACGCCAAGAAGCAGGCUGUGCACACAGUCAUGGGCAUCUGGAUGGUGUCCUUCAUCCUGUCAGCCCUGCCCGCUGUCGGCUGGCAUGACACCAGCGAACGUUUCUACACCCAUGGCUGCCGCUUCAUCGUGGCUGAGAUAGGCCUGGGCUUCGGAGUCUGCUUCCUGCUGCUGGUGGGUGGUAGCGUGGCCAUGGGCGUGGUCUGCACAGCCAUUGCCCUCUUCCAGACUCUGGCAGUACAAGUAGGGCGCCGGGCAGACCACCGCACCUUCACAGUGCCCACUAUUGUGGUGGAGGAUGCCCAGGGCAAGCGCCGCUCCUCCAUUGAUGGCUCUGAGCCCGCCAAGACCUCGCUGCAGAUCACAGGCCUGGUGGCCGCCAUCGUCAUUAUCUACGACUGCCUGAUGGGUUUCCCCGUGCUGGUGGUGAGCUUCAGCAGCCUGCGGGCAGAUGCCUCAGCACCCUGGAUGGCACUGUGUGUGCUGUGGUGCUCGGUGACCCAGGCCCUUCUGCUGCCUUUGUUCCUCUGGGCCUGCGACCGCUACCGUGCUGACCUCAAGGCUGUCUGGGAGAAGUGCCUGGCUCUCAUGGCCAAUGAUGAGGACUCAGAUGAUGAUACCAGCCUGGAGGGUGGUGCUCCCUCAGACCUGGUGUUGGAGCGCUCCCCUGACUACAGCUAUGGGGGUGACUUUGUGGCCCUGGACAGGAUGGCCAAGUAUGAGCUGUCUGCCCUGGAAAGGGGCCUGCCACAGUUUUACCCUCUGCAAGCCAUGCAGGAAGACAGGAUGCAGUAUCUACAGGUCCCGGCCACGCGGCGCUUCUCGCACGACGACGCCGACGUGUGGGCGGCCGUCCCGCUGGCCACCUUCCUGCCGCGCUGGGGCUCCGGCGACGACCUGGCCGCCUUGGUGCUGCCCGGCGGGCCCGGGUCCGAGCGACGCCGCAGCAGCCUGCUGGCCUUUGCGGAGGACGCGCCCCCCUUCCACCCGCGCCGCCGCUCGGUCGAGAGCCUGCUGUCGCUGCGCCCCGCGACCCUGGACGCCGGGCCCCGCCGGGCCCCCGACUCGCCCUCCGGCAGCCCGCGCCGGUGUCCGCCCGGGCCUAGCGCCCGCUCCGCUUCCGUCUCUCUGCUGCCCGACGCCUUCGCGCUCACGGCCUUCGAGCGGGAGCCACAGGCCCUGCGGCGUCCCUCGGCCCCACGGGGUCAUUUCCCCACCCGCGCCCCCGAAAACGCCCAGCUCAAGCGUGACGCGGCGCCCCCCAGCGGCGGCGUACAAAUGAGCCGCGGGGCCGCGCAUGCGCACGCCGGGCCCCUGCGGACCGGCCUCAGCUUGUCUUGGGGUGAGCCCGGGGGGCUGCGCUCGGUGGGCGGCGACGGCAGCACCAGUAGCUUCCUGAGCUCGCCCUCCGAGUCAUCAGGCUACGUCACUCUGCACUCGGACUCGCUGGGCUCCGCGUCCUAGGACCGACCACCUGCCCCUCCUCCCCAGGGUCGCCAGGCAGGCCAGGCCGCCCAAUGAAGAGGAGGAGGGUCAGUGCACCAAAGAUGCUGCAGCACCCCAACCUGGGCUGGGGCAGGGCUGCACUGAGCAGGCCAAAGCCGUCCGGACAUGUGCUUGUCCUCCCGGAGGUGAUGAGGCAAUAGUUCUCUGCCGGUCCAGGAAAUGAGCAUUGCCUCAUGGAGCCGCAGCUGCCCUGGAUGAGAAAGCUGGGCCGCUGCAUCUCCUGUCAGUCCAGGCUGGGAUGAAGGCGGCCUUGGCACGUCCAGUGCCUGCUCUGAGUGCUGCUGGGCUAGGGCCAGGGAUACCACGGAUAAGUCUGACCCUGGAGAAGCCGAAGCACCAGGCAGCACCCAGAUUUUCACUCUGCACUGUAAUUCACACUUCAGCCUGGUGUGGCACAAAGGGUCUCCAAGCACAUGGGUCUUCAGAGACCUAACAAACUCUGAGGUCUGCCUCACUUUCUCCCAUUCGAUAAGCAAGUGACCAUGUUGA